UCGAGCGAGCGGCAUUUGGAACAAUUAUAUUAAUUGCUUGUUGAUUUUAUUAAAUAAAGUGUGUUAAAAUCUGCCUCAAAAUGGCUACAAAGGUUGCGGCUCAUUACAUAUCAGAGAAGGUUUCCAAAGUGCGCUGGCUGCCCGAGAAGCUGCAGCAAAGCGAGCGCUUUGUUACCGGCAGCUGGGACAUGGACAACAAUUUUGUGCGCGUGUGGCGCCUGCACUCAAACACUUACGCCCAGAAUAUUGAUCAUAUCCCAAGAUGCACUGACAAAGUGUCGAUGGAGGGUGAUGUGACUGGCUUAGAGUUUGUAUCUAAUGACACUUUGGCUGUGAGCUGUGCUGACGGCCAUCUCAGCAUACUAAAUGUUCAACGUGCAGUUGAAGAAGAUCAAAUAGAACGUACAGCACGCAGUGAUCGCCUCCAUGAAUUUAAAUGCAGUAAUACAAGCGCUCCUUGCACAGCAAUUGCCGUAUACGGCACCGACGUAGCCACCGUGGGUGAAGACGGUUGUGUUAAUGUGUUGAAUGCCAACAAUUUAAAGCAGGUAAAGCGCACCAUCGAUGCGGACAGUAUGUCCCUUUUGGCCGUAUCCUAUGUCAGCCAACACCAGCUGGUGACGGCCAACCGAAUGGGUGUCAUUAGAAUGUUCGAUACACGAAUUAGCAGCGAAGGGCAACCCAAAAUUGCAUUCAUGGCUGCUUGCCAGGAUGCGAAGAGCUCCAACUAUGUUUCCGCGAUGGCCACACAUCCAAUGCAACAACACAUUCUCAUAUGCGGCAGCGAGGAAGGCUCUAUUACCGUGUGGGACAUGCGUAAUUUAGAGUUCCCAGCCUCGUAUCUCAGUGCACACAGCAGUCCCAUCACCGACAUUGGAUUCCACCGCCAAGAUCCUUCGAAGCUGUUUACCGCUGCAGAAGCAGGCGAAGUUUGGAUGUGGUCCGAAAACAAAACGCACAUCGAUCCAGCCCAGCAGGAUGGCAAGAAUGCCUGGUUAAGCGGGGAUCGGGUGCGAGCAUUAGUAAAUGUUGACGGCGUGCUGACCAACAUUCGUAAAGCGGUGAAUUCAUUUGAUGUGCAUGGCUCACGACUGGUCUGUGGAAGCGACACAGAAGCCGUAUACAUUGUGGAUGAUAUUCUUUAAAAUCAUUAUAAAUUUCUGUCGCAUUUACAAAUAAAUUUUAUACACAUAAUAGAUGUUUCC